AUGGAGCACUUGCCCGUAGAGGUUAUUGGCAAUAUCCUGUCGCACAUUUCGGCUGCACGAGACGUUGUUCUCGCUUCAGCGACAUGCCGGAAAUGGCGUGAGGCUUUCCGCAAGCACCUUCGUGUCCUCUCGUUCAACUCAGGCGACUGGCAUGGGUUUCACGACCUUUCGACUAGUCAGAUCGAGAUUCUGAUAACUCGGACGAUUUUCCAGACAUCUGGACUGCGCUCUCUGCUUAUCAUUGUUGAUGAUCUCGAUGAGUUCUCGGCCUCGGUGGUCAUGAGUUGGCUCCUCUACACAAGGGACAGCUUGCAGGAGUUGCACUAUGACGUUCGCACGGAGCCGGGCUUGAAUGUUGUAGAGAUUUGCGGGAGGCAGAAGCUUGAGAAGCUGACUUUGGCCCAUGAUGCCAUCGAACAGGUGGACCCAAAUUACCAUAAGUUCACUUCUUUGAGGUCGCUCUCCUUAAGCUAUGUCCACAUCUCGGAGCAGGAUUUGAGUCUUUUACUCGCCGCAUGCCGGAAGCUUGAGUCUUUGGAGCUUAUUGAACUUGACCUUUCAGGUCCUCUAGAGAAAGUCGAAGUUAGUGCUCCUUAUCUGAGGAGAUUUUAUAUGGAAGAAAUAUGCUUGGACAAGCUUGUCUUGGAGGCGAGUAAUAUUGAAUAUUUGCACCUGAGAGAUAGUAAUAUCGAGUUUUUCAAGGUCAUCGGAAAUGGUAGCUUGAAGAAGAUCAUGAUUGACCAUUCUACCAUGCCGCAUAUUGAAAUCUGUGAUUCAGCUGAGAAUCUGGAGACUAUCGACUUCAACAACUUCACAAUUCUGCCGGCGGUGUUCUACCAAUUGAUCUCAAAAUCCUUGAAAUUAAGGACGCUGAGGCUUUGGGAUGUGGCGUUCGGUGAGGGCAACAAGGUCGUUGACUUGGAGACAAUCGCCUUGUGCUGCCCCCUGCUAAGCCAUCUCUCUCUAGGCUGUGACUUGAGAGAUGAUGAGUUGCUUCCAUAUUGCCUUGGAGGAUCUGCUCACUUGGUGAAUAUGGUUUACUUGAAGGUUGGGUGGUCGAACACUCUCAAGGAUGAAUUUGUGGACUUGGUUGAAGAAUUGCUGGGACGCUGUCCGCGCAUUAGGAAGCUGUCUGUUGAUGGGGUGAUUUCAGGCAUCAAGGACCAUGAGGAUUGUCUGGUACUGGCUCGUUUCACCACUGCCAUAGUUCGGAUCAUGAGGAAGUAUAUUGAUGUAGAUGUGCAGUUUGAUUUUGAUAACUAA